CAUUGGUUGAAUGUCCACCGUAUAGUAUUAUAGAAGAAAUAAACAAAACACUUCGGGCUCUAUUUACGCCGUGAAAUUAGGACAGUAAGGACCUGCGCUUUUAAUAGUACAGUUAAUCAUGACAUUAGACAUACGGUCUUUAGGUAAACCGGGAUAUAAAUUCACGAAUUGGGCUACAACAUAUUCAUGUUACCCAGAACUUUACUUCGAGCCAGAAACUACAGACGAAAUUCGACAGAUAUUGGCGUUUGCCCAGAAGAAGGGCAAGAAAGUGAAAGUUGUGGGGAAUGGACAUUCACCAUCAGAUUUGGCCUGUACUACAGACUUUAUGAUCAGUUUAAAGCGAUAUAACAGAGUUCUACAGGUCGAUAAAGAAUCAAGAUUAGUACGUGUUCAAGGUGGCUGUCUAAUAAAAGAUUUAAAUGAAAGGAUUUUACCGGCCAAUGGUUUGGCUUUCACUGUGCAGGGAACCGUUAGUGAUUUAACUGCCGCUGGUGUCAUUAGUACAGGCACUCAUGGUACUGGACAUGAUUUCGGGAUCAUUUCAACAUUUGUCCGAGAGAUCGAACUGAUGCAAGCAUCUGGAGAAGUAUUAACAAUAUCCAGGGAUUUACAGAACACGGAUCUAUUUCCAGCAGCCUGUGUCUCAUUAGGUGCACUUGGUGUUAUAUUGAGUGUUACAUUUAAGUGUGAAGCAGCCUUCAAUCUGGAACAGACACAAUUCCCCAAUUCCCUGAACAAUGUAUUAGAGAAUUUAGACGAAUAUGUUACUGGAUCUGACCAUUUCCGCUUCUUCUAUUUCCCAUAUACCAACAGCACACUGUGCUUUAACGCUAAUAGAACCUCUAAGCCUAAGAAUGUAAAAUCAAGUUGGUUUUGGGAAACUUUAGUUGGUUAUCACAUUUUUCAAUUUUUCUAUUGGCUAGGUGCCUUUAUAACUGCCUUAGUACCUGUAGUAAAUCGAUUGUUGUACAGGGUGAUAUACGCACACAAGUCAGAAAAAGUCGAUAGAUCUGAUCAUAUAUUUAAUUUUAAUUGUUUAUUUAAACAGUAUGUUUCAGAAUGGUCCAUACCAAGAGAGAAGACAUCUUACGUUUUAAAAGAAAUUCAGAAAUGGAUUAUAGACAACAAUUUCCCUGCUCAUGUUCCAAUAGAAGUGAGAUUUGUGAAAGGGGAUGAUCUUUAUUUAAGCCCAGCUUAUGGAUGGAAGGAUACAUGUUACAUCAAUAUAAUUAUGUAUACACCUUUUAAUAAGAUUGUACCACGAGAGAAAUAUUGGAAAGCCUUUGAAAAAAUUAUGUCCGAUGUUGGUGGACGACCUCAUUGGGCAAAGGAUCAUAAAUAUGGACGAGAGGAGUUUCAGAACCUGUACCCUCAGUUUGAUACCUUCUGUAAAAUCAGAGAACGUCUGGAUCCUAAUGGAAUGUUCCUGAACUCCAACCUGGAACGAGUCUUUGGGAACAGUUCGAAUUCCAUCUUUAAAGUGUGA